AUGGCUGUGUGGGACGUGGUUGUGUGGGUCACUGCUGUGCAGGACUUCAUUGGAUGGUACAUGGCUGGGUGGGACAUGGCAGUGCAGGACAUCCCUGUACAGGACAUCACGGAGAGGGUCAUGGCUGGGCAGGACAUCGCUGUGUGGGACAUCGCCGUGUGGGACGUUGCUAUGUGGGUCACUGCUGUGCGGGACAUUCUUGUACGGGACAUUACUGUGUGGGACAUCACUGUGUCAGACGUGACUGUGCGGGUCACUGAUGUGAGGGACAUCCCUGUACAGGACAUCGCUGCGUGGGCCAUGGCUGUACAGGACAUCAGUGUGCGGGACAUCGCUGUGUUGGACACGGCUGUGUGGGUCACUUCUGUGCAGGACAUCCCUGUACAGCACAUCACUGUGCGGGACAUCACUGAGUGGGUCACUGCCAUGUGGGUCCCGUGGGGAACAUCCCCGUGCGGGACACCGCCUCGCACUCUUCCCUGCGUCGUGGGGGAGUGGAGUCAUUGGAGUGGCUGUGCAGAACGAUGUCAACCCGAUCUGCGGAUACGUAGGCGCUAUGUACAACAGGAACCUAAAAACGGUGGGGAACCUUGUCCUGCUCUAGAGGAGAAGGCUGGCUGCCUGGAAUACCUGACUUACCAGGGAGAGGACUGCGGCCAUGAACAUGUCCCUGCUUUCAUAACUACCUCUGAAUACAGUAAAGAAAGAAAACGACGAGCAGCAUCUUCUCUCUGGCCUUCAGACAAAGAAGCAGCUGGUUACUGCGUGGAAUUUAAAACAGAAUCACUUUCACACCACUGUGCUUUGGAGAAUCGGCCGUACACUCGAUGGAUGCGGUACCUACGAGAAGGACAUACCGUGUGCGUAGCUUGCCAGCCUCCAGCUAUGAACACUGACACGCAUCGUUGUUCUGGAGAUGGCCAUAAUGCAGAUGGAGGUAAAAUCUUACACUGGGAAGCAGUUGGCAACUCUCAGUGCCAAGGAACCUGGAAGAAGAUUCGGCAACUGGAGAACUGUUCAUGUCCCCUUGUGCAUAGCUUUAUUUUUACAUAAAAGUUUAAAAGACCUUUAAAACAGCAACAACAAAAAGAUCAAGAAAAUUAACACCAAUGCCAAGAAACCUACAUCUUUCUGCUGCAUUUUUGGGAGCAUAAACAAACUUUAAAGGAGUCAGAACUUUGGAAGAAGCAUUUCAGGAAACUCUCUCUGCCUUUAUACAAAAUGCUAAGACUGAUCUAGAACACUAGAAGCACGUUUCCAUGUUUCUCUUCUGUAAUUAAAGAGCUAAUGGUUCUAACUGUAGUAGCUGCUUUUUCUGAAGUUCUCGUUCUUUACACUGCUCCUUCUCAGUAGUGAGCCAGCCAAACGUUCUUAAGUCUGAGAAUAGUUACUGUCAUCAUUAAAUAGCAAGGGUGAAUAAAAAUGAAAGCCUGAGAGCUAAAACCAGAUUUCGGUUUAGAUCCUUUGUUCCUUCUCAAUAUCAUCUAGACAGUUGUUUAUACUGCAAGUGGAUAAGUUAUUCUUCCUCUACAUUGCAGUUUUCAUGUUCAGCCACCUUCAUAAAGACGUAUGACUAGUCAGCGUUGUUAAGGAAGUAGUCUUGCUCAGAACUUCAUGUCACUAAUACACAGUGUGAACGUUAUGGCAGACGAACCUAAACAACACUUCUGAGUAAAGCCUUGGUUAACAUUAAAAAAAUUACUUAUUACUAGUUAGAACUGCUCAUGUACAAUGAUUAACAGAAACCUGCAAUAUUAGAGCACUGGCAAGACUGCUACGCAGAUAGCUCAAAUCCUUAUUUUGUUACCUAUUACUUACCUUGAAUUAUUGUUACAGCAUUAAAGAGGCUGCAUACUGCACUUUCUCACGUGUCAGAUACCUGCUAUGACUUUCUGAAUUGUUGGCUUACAGCUGCUCUAGCAUUCCUUGCUGAAGGAUGAAGCCUGUAUUUUGUCAAGAUCCUGAAAUUCACAAUGUUCGCUAAAAAGAAAUUAUGUCUCAAGGUUGAGAAAAUUUACCGUUAAGACAUGCAGCAUCUCUGUGGAACCUAAAGACUACUGCUUGCCACUGUUUCUAGCAGCUGUGAGAAAAAAUUGUAGCGUCUGGUUUCCUGCAAGAAUGAGGAAGGUGAUCUGGCUGAGGUGCUGUCCACAAUAAGAGUGUGAAACAAACCUUUGUAACCGUACUUUACUGUUUUAUCUUAAUGGAAGCAGGCCUCCAAAACAGAAAGCAGAGAGAUUAUCUUAAUACUUCCUGGACAUUUCAGCCUUCAAGAAUGUAUCUCUUCAUUUGUAGCCAGGAAAAAUAUCUCAGAGAGGUUUAUUUUAUUAUGACCAGUUUGGACAGAUGCUUUUUCUUGUAAGGUUCUUGUAAAAUAAAAACCUUAUCCAAAGACAAAGGUACAGAAAACAUCUGAAUUGAAGAGAUUUCACUUUUAAAAGAAUGCUGUGAUACGUUAGUUCAAGUCACUAGAUUCACAGCAGUAUGACAGUAGAAAGUGUGGGUUUUCUGAGGUUGCGGAACUCCUUUCCACACAAUCUGAAUCAAGAGAGACAGCAUAGUAUCAUCAUCCAUCCGUUACAGUCUUUCAUGAGCACGACAUUUACAGUGACCAACUGACACCUCGAUAGUUAGUUACCCCCAUCAGAGCGUAUCUUUGCUUUCUAUCACUGCAGACAGAGACAGUGGAGAACAUAGAUGAGACAUGUCUCACGAGCUGUGCUAUCAGUGUCAGCAUAGACUCGUUACUGAGCCCCACUUUGGCCAUUCGUUUUUGAGCUUUCCCUUUCCUGCUGGUCUAGAAGCAGCCACCUCUCAGGACAAGGUAGGUGGCACAAGAUAAUCAAGAGAAGUUAAGAGCUAGUAUCAUACUGUUACUUUCCAUAUGUUUUCCAUCUCUUCUGAGAGAUAAAAAGUGUUAUUAUGCCAAUAUACAUAAGUUCAAAAUAAUCUUCC